AGACUGGUACAACUUGGUUGUUCACGUUACCAACAGAGUCUGGUCACGUCUCGAGUAAAGGUCUUUUCGCGUGGCUAAGUGACAGCAGCCCGGCAACACUGACAAUGGAAUCCCCGAAUGGACCUUAUUCUACAGCACGCACUGAUAUUAGUGACUACUUACUUAAUGAAAGCACUCUGACGGAAGCCUUGCUUUAUACCGAGUCUGAUCCUGUCCAAGAUGCACCCGAAACACCCACAUGGCUAAUUCCUUAUGUCGUGAUCCGUGCAGUUGUCCUGUUCAUUACAUUUUGGGCAAAUGUUUUAGUUCUUUACGCGUACGCAACAACAAAGAGACUGCGCACCUAUACCAAUUAUUACGUCGUAGGCUUAGCAGUUGCAGACCUGGUCAGUGGCGGCGUUAUGCCCGUGCUAGGAUUCUUGAAAGACUACAAUGAGAACUGGCUUUUUGGUGAGGCUUUCUGCACUUGUGCCACAUAUCUCGAUCACAUUUUCCUGCAAGCAACCUUCAUGAUGACGCUUGUCAUAUGCUACGAUCGGUUCCGGGCGACCAACAUGCCGCUGAAACAUUUGUCGGAGAAGACGCUGGGCCACGCAUGCUUCCUGAUAUUCCUCGGUUACUUCAUCCCCGUACUGCUGUGGACGCCUGUAAUCAUUAUUCUCCCGUACACAGGGGUCAUCUCUCGGGUGCAACCUCCCUUGUGUCACGGCCCAUACGCCUUCUAUCCAUCGUUGUUAACAUUUACGGUACUCACUCUGUCCUGGGCACCCAUGAGCGUGGCGGUUGUCCUGUAUGCUUUUGUCUACUGCGCUAUUAUUCGCAAAGGUGUUGACAAAAGUCGAGGCCCUGGAAAAGCGACAAUCCUCGGAGACAAUCAAAAGAGAAAGGCGUUACCCAAAGAACUUUCUUUGGCGAGUUAUCGCUCUGAUGCCGAAUUACCUGAACGAAUAGGAGUGUCAGAGCUGAGGGACGCGGAACCGGUUACCUCUGUCUUAAGCGUCUCGGCCGCAGUCUCCUUAGGAAUGACCAACCCAGCCUUCGAGGUUUCUGCGGAAGAUGAUCACACAGGUCAAGCCCCAAAGAACCCUAAAUCGAGUGGGACAACGCGAAGAAGAGCUACGCCCUCAGCAGGGCCUCGUCACCACCGCGACAGACCGGGCCACUCAGUGCGCUCUGGAAAAUCGUCGAAACGUGAGAGUCGUCUGGCCACUCGUCGUGCCACCCGCACCCUCACCUUUGUCUUCACUACCAUGAUCGUGUCUGCCAUGCCGUGGUCAGUGUUUGCCUUGUGGGCAGCAGUUGACCCAGUGAGCUUACCGCUGUCAAUUACGAACAUCUUCAAGGUGUUAGCCUGGAUGAGUCAUUUGAGCAGCACGGUUAAUCCGUUUUGCUACGCCGUCGCCAACCCACUGUUCAAGGAGGCCUUUCUGCGUAUUCUCCGCUGCCGUAAGAACACGAUGUCACGCAGCACAGGGAGAUUCUCUGACGUGACUAGCCGUAGUUCAAACAGUGUAAAAUAAGAAUUGUGAAUUUAUUUUCAAUUACUUAGGACGAAGUUUUGCCUAGUACUGGUAUGAGAAUGAGGACCUAAAUACAGUUGGGUGUAACUUCUUCCUCCUUAGCACCACCAGUUCGUUAUCAUUCGCGCCAAUCACUUUUUUCUGAUGUGUUGUGUACACGUUGUCUCGCCUUUUCACAAAGUAAUGUUUUUCGCUUAGCAACCGAAAAAAUGGUUUUAGUCCCGCCUCCCCCCCCUGGCGAAUUAUUUUCGAAGUUUACUGAGAUUAUCAGUUUUCCCGAUCAAGCCCACUGUCGCCCAGUAUUAAAGUAGGAUUCAACACGCACGCAGUUAAAAGAACAUCACCUCUAUACGGCCAAAAAAGUAAGCGAUCGCCUGAAGGAACCAAAAAUAGUGCAGUUCGCACAUCAUUCGUCCGUGCCCGGUACUUCUUGUUUCUUUGCAAAUUAAUUGCUUCUUUGCGCGAUUCAUUCUGAGACGCUAUUAAACGGGCAAACACAUUAGAGGAAUACGAUAAUGUUGAAAAUGUUGUUCUAAACAGUUUUUAUUUUUUGUACGGUACUCAACUAGAAACGAAAGCAUGUAUGCACUUAAGUGGUCUCCUUGCAAAUGAACUAUUUCAUUCUGUAACUCAUCCUACCAGGUUCUUAUCAAAUACAGACGAUAGUUUUAAGAAAGCAGCACCGAGAUAUCUAUUAGCAAAAAUGAAAAUAUGCUUAUCCGCACUCUUUACUUAAGAAAAAGUAUGCAAACACGCCGCUAUGGCAUAGUUCUGUCUGACAUUCUCUGCACUUAAAAAGAUUCUGAGGAAGAGUUUAAGGCCCCGGUUUGUAAAUUUCAGUACUGACAGUCAAGCUGGUAUUUGUAGCCUGAUAUAAUGAUGUUUUCCACCCCUUGGUGUGCACGAUAAUAUUAAUGCUGUGAGCAGGUAUCACAAAAUACAUGUCACUGGAUAGAGGGCAACAAGUAAGCUGGAGUUAAGACUAAAGAAAACAAUAAGAAAUGUCAAUUUAUGGAGUACUGUGAAGUGAUAGAAUGUAUAAAAAAUAAUAGGGUGUUGCAUGUAACCUUCUCUUUGAAAAUUACUCAUGAGGUUGUUUGUAAUUUUGUUUUAGUUUGAAAUAGAAAGAGGAAGCUGA